AAACUUGAAGUGCAUAUACACAAAUAUGAGAAUCUGCCAGAGGAUUCAGAGUUCAGGCAUGAGAAAUAUCGAGCAGCACUCACAGAGUCCUUGAUGUCACAGGAUGAGGAUGAGGUGAGUGAGCAGGGGCAAAAGAUGGGGCAAUUUAUAUCCCAUGCUGGAACAUAUCAAAGUGACCUUAUGUCAAGGUUCUUGGCCACUGUUGAUGAAGUGGCAGAUCCACACCCCCCACCUCGCUUCACCACUCAGGUUAAAGGUGACUCGAAAGAACUCCCGCUCUUAGCUGCGAAGAAAAUUGAGAAUCAAGCAUGCCGAUGGAUGGUAUCAGUGGAAUGGCUUGCGAGAGAAGAAAACAAGAAGUAUGACUCACCUAGCUUUCUCCUAGACAAUGGGCAUGCAUGGGGUGAUCCAAAGGACCCUGAGGAGAUGUUGGCAGGGUAG